GCCGGUUCAGUUCUGGCUGCAAAGACCCGCUCCACCCCCCGGGAGAGGGGCUCCACGGCUCCCCAGCAUCCUGGCUAAAACCUGGCGGGGGCUUGACGAUCAGGGGAAAGAACCAUCUGCUGUUCUUCCUCGGUCUGAUACAGAAGAUGCCUACAGACAGUAAAAGUAUCCUGGCUGCGGAGAGCGAGGAGAGAACCCAUGCGGUUCCAGGUCACGGGCAGUGCUGUGGAGACAUGCUCUCUGGGCAGGAGGAGACAGUACCCUUGGGAACCUCUCAGGAGUCAACACAUGUUAAGGCAGAGCCAGAAGAACCACACCCUGAGGGGGCAUCACUGGAGGACAGGGCUCUAGGAACUCAGGGCUGGAUGCCCCAGAGUCCUGGCUCUAAGGAGAAAGCCCUGUUCCUGCCCAGUGGAGUUCUUCCCUUACCCUGGAUUCCUAUACUUUGCCGAGCCGGAAGGACCAGAGAACAGCAGGUGGCUGCAGCUCUCCUCACUGCCUGGUCCCAGAUGCCGGUGACCUUUGAGGAUGUGGCUCUGUACCUCUCCCGGGAGGAGUGGGGAAGGCUGGACCACACACACCAACGUUUCUACAGGGAUGCACUACAGGAAAAAAUUGGCCUGGCUUUGGGGUUUCCGUUUAGCAGACCUUUCUGGGUCCCCCAAGUUCAGGGGAAGGGCGAGGUGGCAAGUUCCAGCAGACCAACAGGAGCUGAGGAGAGGCGAGGCCUUGGCUCAGGAGCUGUGGAAAUGGGGAAGUUGGUACCAACCCUAGCCAUGGCAACCCUAGGGGAUGAGAAACCCUUAAGGACCAGGGCCAGGUGGGCUCCAGGGGAAGAGCCACGGUGUGGUCAGCAAGUGGCUAGCGGCCUGGAUGCAAAGAUGACCAGAGAUGCUGGAGAAGCCAGGCAACCAAAGCCAUCCCCACCCAACACAUAUCCUCUCAAGACCCCAAAGGACGGCGGUCCAGAGAAGCCCAGUGAGGAGGAGAAGGGUGUCCUGGAAAGUGGCGAGGAGGGUCUGGUCCCUGAAGGUGAAACAGGCAAGAAGAUGUACACGUGCACACAAUGCGGCAAGGGCUUCAGCUGGCACUCGCACCUGGUGACGCACCGGCGCACACACACCGGUGAGAAGCCCUAUACCUGCACCGACUGCGGCAAGCGCUUCGGCCGCAGCUCACACCUCAUCCAGCAUCAGAUCAUCCACACGGGCGAGAAGCCCUACACCUGCCCCUCAUGUUGGAAGAGCUUCAGCCACCACUCCACACUGAUCCAACACCAGCGUAUCCACACCGGUGAGAAACCCUACGUGUGCGACCACUGUGCCAAGCGCUUCACCCGCCGCUCAGACCUAGUCACACACCAGGGCACGCACACCGGCGCCAAGCCACACAAGUGCCCUAUCUGCGGCAAAUGCUUCACUCAGAGCUCUGCUCUGGUCACACACCAGCGCACCCACACCGGCAUCAAGCCCUACCCGUGCCCGGAGUGCGGCAAGUGCUUCAGCCAGCGCUCCAACCUCAUCGCGCACAAUCGCACGCACACGGGCGAGAAGCCAUACCACUGCCUUGACUGCGGCAAGAGCUUCAGCCAUAGCUCGCACCUCACUGCCCACCAGCGCACCCACCGCGGUGUGCGGCCCUAUUCCUGCCCACUCUGUGGCAAGAGCUUCAGCCGCCGCUCCAACCUGCACCGGCAUGAGAAGAUCCACACGACCGGACCCAAGGCUCUAGCCUUGCUUAUGCUGGGGGCGGCGGCAGCGGCAGGGGCGCUCCCUCGAUCUCCGCGCGGACUUCCGGCUCCGGGAGCUGGUGGGAACCUCCGAGCACCUGGUGGCUCGGGGCGGUGUGCCCUGGGGGCGGGACUGGAGCGUCCUGGCGCGCGGUCGGGCUCCUGCGGAUUCGGCGCCCGAGGCGCAGGCCGGAGGGAACGCGCUCCUCUGGGCAGCGCGGCCGCGGGCGGCCCCUUGCUCUCCGGGUUCCCGUCGCUCUCGCCAGGCUGCUGGGACCGUCCCCUUUUCCCACGUCCUGCCGAGCGACCCUGGCAUAUGUGUCCUGAUGCAGGCCCAGCUGUCACCGAGAGCCCCUCUGGGAGACUGAAAGGGUCGGCUCUGGAGCCCCAGGCUAGGGUCGACUUAGGCCAGGGAAUGGCAUCCUUCCGGGAGCUCCAAGACCGUGCUCCUGGGGAGGAAGAAGGACUUCUGAUUGUGAAGGUGGAAGAUUGCUCUUGGGAGCAGGAACCUGCCCAGCAGGUGGACAGCGAGGAUUCAGAAGCCUGCCGCCAGCGCUUCCGUCAAUUCUGCUACCAGGACGUGGCUGGGCCGCAGGAAGCCUUCAGCCAGCUCUGGAAGCUCUGCUGCCACUGGCUGCGGCCAGAGCUGCACAGCAAGGAGCAGAUCCUGGAAUUGCUGGUGCUGGAGCAGUUCCUGGCUGUGCUGCCAGGGGAUAUCCAAGCCCAGGUGCAGAGACGGCACCUUGGGAGUGGCAAGGAAGCUGUCGCUUUGGUGGAGGACAUACAGAAUCAGUCGUUGAAAGCCGGGCCACAGGAUGAACCCUCUGAAGUGGAGCCUAAGGCAACAGGCCAGGCACUCCAAACUCCACAGCCUCCCCAGAAGCAGCUCCCUGCAACCCAAGUGCGGCACAGCCACGCCGAGCUUCCUGUUCUUAAAGAAGGACAGACAGGAGAGAGGAUGGAUGUCUCCUUUGCCUCCGCAGUGCCUCUGCCUGGGAGACCUCAGCUGAGUCAUAUCUCCCCAUUCCAAAAACCUGUGGCAUCAGGAGACAUCCCUUUCUAUUUUUCCCGAGAAGAAUGGCGCUCCCUGGACCCUGCUCAGAGGGAUCUCUUUUGGGACAUAAAGAGAGAGAACUCCCGGAAAGCUGCUCUCGGUUUGGGAUCCAAAAGCCAGAACAAGAGAUCUCCAGAGGAGGCUGUGACAAUGUCGGAACAGACUAACUGUGAAGUGACUAUGUCCUGCAAUCCCGAGGAGGCUGACACCGAGGUCUGGGAGACCAAGAACCCACCGAGGACAGCCGUGGGCCCGCUGGUGAUGGCGCAUCGGGGGCGGCCGCCCACACGCAGGCGCCAGUUUCGGGAUUUAGUGACUGAGAAGCCGCACAGCUGCGGGCAGUGCGGGAAGCGCUUCCGCUGGGGCUCAGACCUAGCCCGGCACCAGCGAACACACACUGGUGAGAAGCCACACAAAUGUCCUGAAUGCGACAAGAGCUUCCGCAGCUCUUCGGACCUGGUGCGUCACCAGGGCGUGCACACGGGCGAGAAGCCCUUCUCUUGUUCUGAGUGUGGCAAGAGCUUCAGCCGGAGCGCCUACCUGGCAGACCACCAGCGCAUCCACACGGGGGAGAAGCCCUUCGGCUGCAGCGAGUGCGGGAAGAGCUUCUCAUUGCGCUCCUACCUGCUGGACCACCAGCGUGUGCACACGGGCGAGCGGCCUUUUGGCUGUGGCGAGUGUGACAAGAGCUUCAAGCAGCGUGCACACCUCAUCGCGCACCAGAGCCUACAUUCCAAGACGGACCUACUCGGGUGAGUCGCCCGUGGGACCUGAGCAGUCCAGCGAGGUGGACACUCCCUGUGAUUCUCCCGGUUCUUUGUUCGUCUUGGAGAAUUCUUCUCUUGCCUGUGACCACUGUCAGCCUAUGGAAGGGACCCAAGGCCUCUGUAUUCUGAACUGGCCUGCCUGCUCCUGGGAUCUGCCUCCUGUCUCUCCCCUUCCUGCUCUGAAUUUUUCUUCCACUUGUUGCCUGGAGUUUCACAGUUUCUAGGUGGUGUGAGGCCUCCCAGGCUGGACCUAGGGUUUCUCCCCAGGACCCUCCGGGCUUCCUUGGCUGGAGGCUCUCUUUUUGUCUACUUGUGCCUUCCUGUGGGGACUGGCCUCCAUCCUCAGGGGACUGCUUGGCCUUGGCAAGGACCAUGGGCCCAUACCAAUGAGAAUUUAGGUCCUGGGUUCAGUCUCAGCAGCUUCCUGGCCUUCACCCCCCCCACUCCCCCACUUCCAACCUGUGACCCCUCUUUUCUGCCCCAACCCCAGGAAGCGCCUAGCUGUCGUGCUGUGAGCCCUGAGACAGCCCUGCAGGUUUGGAUAUUAGUGGAGGUGGUGGCUGUAGCAGCAGACUGGCUCUGGAGAACUAUAGCAGCAGACUGGCUCUGGAGAACUAUAGCAGCAGACUGGCUCUGGAGAACUAUAGCAGCAGACUGGCUCUGGAGAACACCCGUUCCUCCAGACGGGUGGCCUUUGUCAUACUUACGUUAGCACUCUGUCAGUCAGCACUUUGUAGCUGACACCUGAGCACUGUAUUCAUGUUUUUAGUCUGCAUUGUGUGCAGACUGACGUUAACAGGACAGCAUAGACCCUCCAAAAGGGCUCAGCCCGGUGGGGUUCAGAAGGGUUUGAAUAAACAUGGACCUUUGCCUUGAGGCUGUCAUUUUUUUAGCUGGCUUUUCUCAGUCAGGGGCAUGGGUGUUAUCUUGUGGCUUGUUAACGCUGAUGGUUGGGGUGUCUGCAGUCACCAGGAGAGCCACAUCUUGUACCUGCAGUCCUGUGACUGACUCUCCUGUGUCAGUCGGUGCA